AUGUCAUCUACACCAGACAACACAACACAGGCCUCGGCCACAGCACCCGCCCAACCGGAUCUAGAAACCCAAUUGGCCUCCUCGUCCCUUUCAGAGACCCCAGAUGCCUCCCUUGCGCCCAUUUCAACAUCGGAGCUUUUAUCUCAAACUGAAGACGAAGACGAGGACGCAGAUGCCAACGAAGACGAAAACGAAGAUAACGGCGCCAUCCAGUAUCCUGGAACAGUGGUUCCAGACCCCCGCAUAGACGAAAUUGAUGCCGAUAUCGACCUUACUCGUGAUACAGACCCAGACUCGGAGUAUCUCGAUUUGAUCCACUUGAAGAUCCACAGCAUGGAAGAUUUGGGUCUUUCGCGCUUCCGCAAGUUGCAGUCGUUGUGUUUGCGCCAGAAUCUUAUCCUGUCGAUGGCUGCAGUGGCCGAAUUGCCUGCCGAUUUGGAGGAGCUUGAUCUCUACGAUAAUAGAAUUAACCACAUAAGCAGUGCGGUCAACAACUUGACCAAACUCAAGAACUUGGACUUGUCUUUCAACAAGAUCAAGAACAUCAAGAAUAUCGACCGUCUUGUGGACCUCGAAAACUUAUACUUUGUGCAAAACAAGAUUUCCGAGAUCAAGAACUUGAGCACCUUGAAGAAAUUAAAGAAUCUAGAGCUUGGAGGCAACCGUGUGGCCGAGAUCCUGCCGGAGAUGCUUGAGUUGCCUGCCUUGGAACAGUUGUGGUUGGGUAAGAAUAAGAUUGCCCGCUUCCAAAACCUCGACGCACUCGCGAACCUUCGCGUGCUUUCUAUUCAAUCGAACAGACUUACCAAAAUCGAGGGUUUGGAUAAGUUGGUCAACUUGGAGGAGUUGUACCUUUCGCAUAAUGGCAUCAGUAAGAUUGAGAACUUGGAGAACAACACUAAACUUACCGUGCUUGACGUGACCUCGAACCGAAUCUCCAAGUUGGAGAACUUGUCUCAUUUGGCUGAACUUACCGAUUUCUGGUGCUCAUACAACCAGGUGUCGUCCUUUGACGAGAUUUCCAAGCAGCUUGGCGGCUUGAAGGAGUUGGACACUGUUUAUUUCGAGGGAAAUCCAGUCCAAUUAACAAACCCUACCGCAUACCGCCGGAAACUUCGUCUUUGUUUGGGAGAGUCUCUUGCGAAGAUUGAUGCUACCUACGUCAAAGCGUGA